UCGGUAGCCACAAUCGGGGUCUAGUCGCGUGCAUCCAUCGAGGAGACCGAUCGCUGGGGACGAGAGCUGGGAUUUGGGGUUGUGAAGCACAAUGGCGGCCAUGGCAGCGUGCACCGUGAGCACUGCGGUGGUUUCCAACGCCAGGUUGGCGACCAAGGAGCACGGUGCCGCCAGUAGCUCGAGCUGCAGGAGCGUCGUGAGCUUCGGAGCUCAGCCCGCGUCUCUAUGGAAGACCUUCGGGGUUUCCAAGACCCAGGGGAAGGGCGUCGUGAUGAUGGCCAAGAAGGAAAUUAACGAGUCGCUCCUGACGCCCAGGUUUUACACCACCGACUUCGAGGAGAUGGAGCAGCUGUUCAACCAGGAUAUCAACAAGAACCUUAACCAGGCCGAGUUCGAUGCUCUGUUGCAGGAGUUUAAGACCGACUACAACCAGACUCACUUCGUGAGAAACGCCGAGUUUAAGGAAGCCGCCAGCAAGAUCCAGGGCCCUAUGAGACAGAUUUUCGUCGAAUUUCUCGAGCGGUCAUGCACUGCUGAAUUUUCCGGUUUCCUUCUGUACAAGGAGUUGGGACGAAGGCUGAAGAAAACCAACCCUGUUGUUGCCGAAAUUUUCACCCUUAUGUCUAGGGACGAGGCAAGACAUGCUGGUUUCUUGAACAAGGGACUGUCUGACUUUGGCCUAGCUCUGGAUCUCGGAUUCCUAACCAAGGCCAGGAAGUAUACAUUCUUCAAGCCUAAAUUCAUCUUCUACGCCACCUACUUGUCGGAGAAGAUCGGCUACUGGAGGUACAUCUCCAUCUACAGGCACUUGAAGGAAAACCCCGAGUUUCAGUGCUACCCCAUCUUCAAGUACUUUGAGAACUGGUGCCAAGACGAGAACAGACACGGUGAUUUCUUCUCUGCAUUGAUGAAGGCCCAGCCCCAGUUUCUGAACGACUGGAAGGCCAAGUUGUGGUCACGCUUCUUCUGCCUCUCGGUGUACAUCACCAUGUACUUGAACGAUACCCAGAGGAACGACUUCUACCAGGGCAUCGGAUUGGACACGAAGAAGUUUGAUAUGCACGUCAUCAUUGAGACCAACCGCACUACCGCCCGUAUCUUCCCUGCUGUACCGGACGUCGAGAGUCCCGAGUUCCAGAGGAAGCUCGACCGCAUGGUUGAAUACAACCAGGCUUUGAUCAAAAUCGGAGAGAGCGACGCCCCUGGCGCCCUUAAGAAUUUGCAGAAAAUCCCUAUCAUCGCUCAGUUUGCGGCCGAGGUCCUGGCUAUGUUCUUGAUGAAGCCAGUAGAGUCUGGCUCCUUGGACUUUGUAGAUUUUGAACCCCAGGUCGUGUACUAAAAUCUUAGAUAAUUUGCUGCACAUGAUGUGCGGGUGUAUGUGUAAAAACUCUUUCGAAAUUGCAACUUUCCUGGUAGAAUCAGCUGGGGCAGAGGAGGUGUGGCAUAUCAUACAUGUCGCUCCUGAUGUACAUGAAACACUGUAACUGAAUUUUGAGCAAUUACCGCGCGGAUUAUUGU